AUGCUAUAUUCAAUAAAGAAAGGACUAUAGAGAAUUGACAUAUUUGGUUAAACAAUAACCCUUAAUAUGAAUAAAAAUCCAAAUUAUACAACAUCAUUUGGUGGAUGUUCUUCAAUCAUGAUAAUUUGUUUGUUGAGUCUUAUUUUUUAUUCAAACAUUGCAGACUUUUUUACAAAAGCCAAUGUUUAAUUUAAUUCAUAAACAACAUUUUCUAAUGAUCCUAAUUAUAUGAAAAUGAAUGAUGAUAAUUCAAUGUUUGCUUUAUCUAUUGACUAAAGUAAUUUUACAGAUUUUCCAUUUUUUAAUAUUACAAUGGAAUAAAAGUAAGAAUUUAUUGAUCUAGAAUAUAUUAAAGGUCUCUAAAUGGGACUAUAUAAAAAUCAACUAUAUAGAUACCUCUAGAGCCAUGUACAUUAGAUAGAUUUAAUAAUGUUGUUGAAUAAUAAGGUAUUGAUACUAAUUUUAAUGAUUCUUUUAAUUAUUUAGGUAUGAAUCAAUGGUUAUGUCCAAAGUAUUUAAAUUAAUUAUUUAGGAUAAAUUAUUAAAUGGAAUUGUAAGGAACUUAUUCAAGUGAAACAUUUAAAUUUAUUAAAAUUAUUGUAUCAGAUUGUUAGAAUUAAUCUAAUUCAACUUAUUGGAAUCCUAUUUGUGCAAAUAAAACUUAAAAAAAUGAAUAUUUAAAUGCAUAUGGACAAUUCAAACUUUAAGUUUUUUAAAUAAAUACAAUGGUUAAUCCAUAGAAGGCUAAAAAUUAUAAAACAAUGUAUUUAGAUAGUGAUAUGUAUUUUUCAUUUGUACCUAAUAAAUUAUCAAGAUUAGCUAAUGUUUAUUAUAGAUCAUAUGUUGUUAAUAAUGAUUAAAGUUUAUUACCUUACAAGUAAUUAAUUGAUAUUUAGAUUAGAAAUAUUUAAUAAGAGGAAAUAAUAGUAAGAAAAGCUGAAGAUUUUAGAGAUUUAAUUGAAUCAGGUAGGGAUACUGAUGAUAUCUAUACAACUAUAUAUUUAAGAAGAAGUCCAUUUAGUGAGAUUAUUGAUAGAAAUUAUUAAAAACUUGGUGAUCUCCUAUCAUAUUUAGGAGGAUUUAUGUAAAUUUUCAAAUUAAUAUUUGGAUUCUUUAUAGCAUUCUAUAAUAGAACAUCUAUGUUGAUAGAAUUAGCUAAUAAAUUAUAUGAUUUUAAAGAAGUCACAAAUAGAUCUUAUCUUAGAAAAUCUGCUUUUUCAUAAAAUAUAGGGGAAAUAGCAACACCUCCAGAUGAAAUGAAUAUUUGUAUUAAAAAUCUACCUAAUAAUGAUUUAUAAAAAGUUGAAUGGAAAUAAUUCAUUUAUAAACUUGUUGAAAGAUCUUAACCAAUAAAAUUAGAUUUUAAGAUUCUUAUAAAUGAAUUAAGUUGUGGAUAUUUCUUUAACAACAACAAUUCAUAGUUUUUUACAAAAGCUAUGUACUAAUAUUAAUAUAUCUUAAAGGAGCAAGAUUAACAAUGAAUUAGAUUUACAUAAUAUUCUUCACUAAUUAUAAGAAGUAUCUAAAUUGAAAACAGUUUUACUUUAAAAACCAUAAUAAAUUCUAUUUAAUUUUACUCCAAAACCAAUAAUUACUUUGAAUUAAGAGAAUCAUGUACCUUCUAGAAUAGAACUUGAUUAUUAAAAUAAAUAAUCUUAUAUUCGAAAUAAGGAAGAUACACCAAAUGAAGAAUUGUUUACUUAACUUUAAGAUGUAAAACAAUUUUAUAUUAAGGCUUAUAAAGAAGUAAUAGAAGAAAUAGAAAACACAGAAAAUAUUUUGAUUUGUUAAAAGACUAUCAAUUUUAAAUUAAUUAAAUAAAUUGAUAAUGAAUUAGGAAAAUUCUUAAGAAGUAGACAUUAGAGUUGUAUACAUUAAGAAGAAAACUCUUGA